UAGCAAAGCCAGAGGACAGUACUUGCUUUGAUCGAACAAGAAGAUGAAGUCAGAGACUGUGACAUUACUCUUGGUAAAUCUAGCGAGCAUAAUGGAGAGAGCUGAUGAGAAGUUGCUGCCUGGGGUGUACAAGGAAGUAGGAGCAGCUCUCCACACUGACCCAACUGGUUUGGGCUCACUCACUUUUUUCCGAUCCAUAGUGCAGUCUUUGUGUUACCCACUUGCUGCUUACUUAGCUAGCAAUCACAACCGUGCCCAUGUCAUUGCUCUUGGUGCUUUCCUCUGGGCCGCAGCUACUUUCCUUGUUGCCAUCUCUUCCACCUUUUUCCAGGUUGCAGUCUCAAGAGGUUUAAAUGGAAUUGGACUUGCCAUUGUCAUACCUGCCAUUCAGUCUCUUGUUGCUGACUCAACUGAAGCUAGCAAUCGUGGUUUGGCUUUUGGAUUGUUAGAACUAACAGGAAACCUUGGCUCCAUCUUUGGUGGGUUCUGUUCAGUACUUAUAGCCUCAAAAUCAGUAAUGGGCGUGGCUGGCUGGAGAAUUGCUUUCCAUAUGGUAGCAUUUAUAAGUGUCAUAGUUGGGAUAUUGGUCCACCUCUUUGCGAAUGAUCCACGCUUUUCUAAGAGUGAUUGUGGUGCUAGAAAUCAAGUUAUUCAUAAACCUUUUUGGUCAAAUGUUAAAGAGCUGAUUCAGGAAGCAAAAUCGGUAAUAAGAAUCCCAUCUUUCCAGAUAAUUGUCGCACAAGGUGUCUCUGGUUCAAUCCCUGGAUCAGCCUUUUCAUUUGCCCCUAUGUGGUUGGAGCUUAUAGGUUUCUCCCAUGAAAAAACGGCAGUCCUUUGGACCAUACUAAUUAUUGGUGGUUCAUUUGGAUGUGUGUUUGGUGGAUGGAUGGGGGAUAACCUUGCAAAAUGCUUACCCAAUUCAGGAAGAAUUAUUCUGUCACAAAUAAGCUCAGCUUCGCUUGUUCCUACAGCUGCAUUUUUGCUGCUAGUAUUGCCCGAUGAUCCAUCCACUGCAUUUAUGCAUGGACUGGCCUUGUUCAUUCUGGGAUUUUUUGCAUCCUGGGAUGCUGCAGCAACUAACAAUCCAAUAUUUGCAGAAAUAGUCCCUGAGAAGUCCCGUACGAGCAUCUAUGCUUUGGAUCGAUCAUUUGAGACCAUACUAUCGUCAUUUGCUCCCACUGUAGUUGGGAUUUUGGCUCAGAACGUUUAUGGUUAUAAACCAAUUCCGAAAGGGUCAUCAACCUCUGCAGAGAUUGAAACAGAUAGACAGAAUGCUGCAUCACUUGCCAAGGCACUCUACACAGCAAUUGGCAUUCCAGCUGCAAUUUGUUGCUUCAUCUACUCUUUCCUCUACUGCACAUACCCAAGAGACCGUGAACAUGCAAGAAUGUAUGCAUUAAUAGAAUCUGAAAUGCAAAAUAUAGAGGCAGAUAAUUCUCUUUCAGACUAAAUCGACAUUGAUUAUGAAGGGUUGGAUGAUAAUAAUGUGAAGUCAUCUCUUCUUUAACAUUAGCCAGUGUUCUCCAAUCUAUGAAAAAUGAACUUACACAAUGAAAAAGCUUCAUAGGCACACUUUAUCCACAAUUGUUAAAUGCUUUUUAUGUUCCUUUUAAGUUCAUAUCCAAAACAAUGUUUAUCCAUACUAUCUUUUGGUUAAUAACUUGUAAUAUGGUUUUGGACACGAG